CUAGUUUGCUUUAUCGUUUGGUUAGUUGCCAUGGCUACUGAAGUCGAGCAGCUUCACUUUGUCUUGUUUCCUUUCAUGGCUCAAGGCCAUAUGAUACCCAUGGUAGACAUGGCUAGAUUGUUAGCACAGCAAGGCAUGAUCAUCACCAUAGUUACAACUCCUCGUAAUGCAGCUCGGUUCAAGACAAUUCUUGAUCGGGCAAUAGAAUCAGGGCUCUCUAUCCGCUUGGUAGAAUGUCAGUUUCCAUGUGAAGAAUCAGGCUUACCAGAAGGAUGUGAGAACUUUGACAUGCUGCCCUCGCUUGGCCUAGCCUUGAAUUUUCUUCACGAAGCCAACAAGCUUCAAGAGCCAGUGCAAAACUUGUUUGAGGAGCUGAGGCCAAGGCCAAGCUGUAUCAUCUCUGACUGUUUGUUGACAUAUACCCUCAACAUUGCUAGCCAGUUUCAGAUUCCAAGGGUUGUGUUCUAUGGAGUUUGUUGUUUCUGUCUUCUUUGCAUCUAUAAUUUACACCUCUCCAAGAUUCUUGAACACAUAACCACGGGCUCACAUUACUUUGCUGUGCCUAACAUGCCCGACGAAGUUGAAUUUACUAAAUCCCAACUUCCAGUAAUUUUGGAUAAUAGAUACUUGAAAGAAUUUUGUGAGCAAACGGUAGAGACUGAUCUAGCAUCUUAUGGCGUGGUCAUUAAUACUUUUGAAGAGCUGGAACCUGAAUAUGUCAGGAAAUACAGGAAGGCAAGAGGAUACAAAGUGUGGUGCAUUGGUCCAGUUUCUUUAUGCAACAAGGAUCGCUUGGAUAAGGCUCAGAGAGGUAACAAGGCCUCAAUUGACGAAAACCAAUGCCAGAGGUGGCUUGAUUCUCAAGAACCUGGUUCUGUAAUUUAUGCCUGUCUAGGAAGUCUCUCUAAUGUGAUACCCUCACAGUCAAUAGAGCUUGGUUUAGGCUUAGAGGCAUCGAAUAGACCAUUUAUUUGGGUUAUGAGAGGAAGCGAUACAUCAAAAGAAGUAGAGAAGUGGAUUUUAGAGGAUGGUUUUGAGGAAAGAACAAAAGGAAGAGGCCUUGUGAUCCGUGGUUGGGCUCCCCAAGUAGUAAUAUUGUCACACCGUGCAAUUGGAGGGUUCCUAACUCAUUGUGGAUGGAAUUCAACAAUAGAAGCCAUUGCUGCGGGUGUGCCAUUGAUAACAUGGCCAUUAUUUGGAGACCAGUUUUGCAAUGAGAAAUUGGUUGUACAGAUACUUCAAAUCGGAGUAAGGAUCGGAGUGGAGGAGCCUCUGAGUUGGGGGGAUGAAGCAAAAGCUGGGGUGUUGGUGAAUAAGGAAGAUGUCAAAAAGGCUGUAGAAAAGUUGAUGGAAAUAGGAGAGGAAGGCGAAGAGAGAAGAAAAAGAGCUAAAAAGCUUGGAGAAAUGGCAAACAACGCUCUUGAAGUUGGGGGAUCUUCUCACCUCAACAUUACACAAUUAAUCCAAGAUAUCAUGCAAAGGACUUAUGACAGGAAGCAGCCUAGCACAUGAGCACAAGCGCAACAUGAUCUUGCUGUUGAAUUAACGGUCUAAACACAUUUUGGACUUUCUAGAAACCAAGUCCAAGCUGCAACAGUGCCGCAAAUAAAGCAACUUGUGAUUCCAUAUCUAGUGAUGGGGACCUUUUCACUAGUUUUAUCUUUUUUCUUGCUCCUAUAAUUGUACAUCGCGUUAUUAAGUAAUAAGUUCAAUUUACAAAAGAAAAAAAAAGCAGUAGUACAAAUAAAUUGCACAUCAUUGGACCUGAUCAUCUUCAUUUA